UCAAUUAAGGGCUCGUUUGGAUGUCAAAUUUAGCUUAGUGCACUUCACUUUUAGACUGUUUUGGAUAUCCAAAUACACAAAUGAGUGCAGUUCAACUUAAACUCGUUGAAUGAGCUCCACGUAAAUAGCGUCAACAACUACCAAAAGGGACUUUAUGGUUUCCCAAAUAUGAGCUGACAAUUGACAUCGGUUGGACAAUGCAUUUCAAGUGCAUUACUCAUUGACACGUGUUGUUAGCCCCCACAACUCAAAUCCACGGUAUGACAUUUGUUCUUUAAUCCUUGCAUUCCUUAAUCCUUGCACCAUAAUAAAGUGUAGAAAUCUUUUUUUUUAACAGAUUCGGCGCACUGUGGGGAGACAAUAAUGGUAGUAAAUAAUAGAUAUUUAUGGUGGGUCUUAAUAAUUUUAUAACUUCCCAAAAAUAUAUCUAAACUCAUCCUAACAUCUAAAUACAUUUUAAACUCAUCUUAAGUAGGUCCUACAAAAUUCACUUAAUCAUCUUAACUCACUAUUAUUCAUAAAAAAUUUAGAUUAACUCAACUCAACAUUCAUACACAGCCUAAAGGUCCUGAUCAUCCCUUGAAAAGCGUGUUAAUCUUGGAAUAUUCAUUUUGCUAAUUGAAAAGGAUGACCUUUGCUAGCUCCAAGAGGAGGUUCUAGUAUAGUGCAACAGUGUAGAGUACCAUUGGACCGUUUGGUUUUUGGUCCCAUGGUCUAAAGAACGUUGUAUGAUGAUAAUUACGUAGUGGUUGGAGGGUUGAAAGCAAUAGUUUAUGCUUUUGCCGACCCACUACCUUUUACCUUUGCAUCUUAAUGAAUGCCACAGCACUUUGGACAACUGCAUUCAAACAAAACAACUCAUAAAUUUAGUUUUAAUGUCUUUUGGACGCAUGGAAUCCACUUCGUCCGUUCCCAUUUAAGCACUCUUUGAAGGACAGACUCCCCGUGCCGGUUGAAGGCUUGUAAUGCUCUGGCCGUGUGAAUUGUGAUUAAAUAGUCAAAAAGCUCAUGAGGGUUUAGAGAGAGACAGAGAAUAUAGAAGGGCACGAACAAAAAGAUGUAGAAGAAGCCAAAAACAGAAGACAAUGUUCUCUCUGGACUCCAUUGCCUUUUUCUCUUGGGUACCCGAAGAAAUAUGAACUGUGUAUCUUCCUUAUCUUUUUUAAUCUUUAUGCUGGAAGAAAAUCAGGGUGAAGAAAGCAAGCACGCACCCAAGCAGGUCGGAGUUGCAUCUUUUCUUGCAGACACCGAACAAUAAAUUAAGAAGCCUACGUACAAAUAACACUUUAGUGCGAGAGAAUGCUGCUUAGAGAAACCAUUAGCAAAACCAAGAUCCUCUUUCGCAAAACUCUACAAAACUUCAAGUCUUUCUUCUUUCACAGAUAUCAAAAGCUUCCCAAGCUCCCUUCCUUCAAUCACUUGACUCGUGGCAGCCGCAACCGAAAAGAUCAUCAAAAAGAUCAAUUCUACAUGAGUUUCUUUGAUGAAUUGGAGGCCAAUCUAGACAAGGUGAAGGAGAGUUACAGCAGUAGUAUAAUGGCUUCAAAAGAGCCCAGGAAGGGUACUGAAGAUGCACGUAGUGGAAACUUCGUGAAGUUGGCAAACCAAAGUCCUGCCAAGAGCAAACAGCAGGAAAAAGAGAAGAAAACCAAUAAAGAACGUUCCCAAAUAGGUAAAAGGGAAGAGUCAUGCUCGAAGAACACGAAUGGAGAAGAAGGCCAUGGAUUAACUGCACAAAAGAUGAAAGAUUUGGAGAUGAUGGAGGCAGGAGAUGUAGAACAAGUGCUGGACGUAGAGGAGGCGCUCCACUACUAUUCUCGCCUCACAAGUCCUGUUUAUCUAGACCUUGUCGACAAGUUCUUCAUGGACAUUUACUCUCAACAAUUCGAAGAGGAGAGACUUGGCUCCACUAUUAGGUUCUAGAUGACUCUUUCAUCGUGCACUGGAAUCUGUCUGUGUUCUUCUUUUUAAUAUCGUUUUAUUUUCUUUCAUUUCCUUCUGCAUGUAUCGUGUUCUUGGUUUCCAGCUGAUCUGUCGACAUUUCUUAAUAAAUCAAACUUGAUUGCCUUCUGCUUGA